CUCAGUAAAUAACGAUCGACAUAAACAGUGGCGCUUUCUUCUGGUUGUAUCGGUUAUGUGAUAUAUGUCCAAAAGAGCAAAGUAAUUAUGUGUUUAGUUUACUAUUUUUAAUCGUUGGAUGUAUUAGACCUUUCCAUGUUUCAGCUGUAGCAUCUUACUUUGCUAUUUUAUGCAUAAUUCGUGUCGUACUGGCGUGUGACUCUAGGUAACUUUCGACAUGCCAAGUCAACUCAGCAGGCUGGUGAAUAAUGUGCUAUGAUCUUAGUUAACAGUUAGUUACAAUUCGGUAAAGUCAGGCUGACGUGACGACCCAGCUAUAAUUUAUUGUCAAAAAGCUAAUUUGGGAUCAGAUAUAAAUCUGAAGCACAAACAAUUUAUACUGUGCAUCCUGUUUUCUUGCUCUUAAGAAUCACCUCUGACUUUUAAAAGCUGUAAUGAAAUCCAGUGCACCUGUGUUCACAAGGCAGAAUCCCUUGGAGCCAGCAUCCAAAGUGGGGAAGGCACAUUAUCAUCCAUCCCGUAAACAAUCCCUGUCAAAGAAAGAGAAAAAAACGACUCUGAGUCCAGAACGUUUAAAGCAACGAUCCAGUCCACAAUUACACAGUCUGAGCCCAGAGAGCCAACGGCCGUAUGAGAAACGUGACCUACACUUUGUUUCCACGGAUAGACAGCCUGCGUUUGAAGAAUCCUGGCCCUCCACCGACUGUGGAUCUUCUCCUGCCAGCAGUACUUCUUCUGACAUGGAGACAUCUAAACAGAGUGCUAGAGCAGGAAAAUCCACAUUUUCCUCAGAGUUUGAAGUUCAGCAGAGUUCAGUGAUGGCAAAGUACAUAGAUCGCUUUCGCAAUGGUCAACCACAGAGUAGAGAGGAGCGCCAGCAGAUGCCUUCUGCCAUAGAAGAGAAGCAGCUGCCUUUUUGGUGGAUGUCACCCUCAUCUUUACCUUGCAGUUCAACACCAACUAAAACAACAGACAGAGAAGUUAUAAAGCCUAUGAAAGAUGACCAUGGACCUGCCAGCUUCAGUCCAGCUGGACAACGUCAACAUGACAGAUCCCCCUCCCCAUGCAGAGGAUCCCUUAGUAUUUUGUCGGACACCUCCCAGAUGGAAUUUGACGAUGCGGUAGAGCUACUACAGCUUCAAGAAAAAGCCAACCGACUUUUGCUGAGAGGCGAAUGUACUCUGAGUGAUGGAUCUAUACCUGUCAGCUCAGAGGGCCUGGAUUGCUCAGAUUUCUCUUCUCCAGUCAGCGUAGAUGAGCCUCCGCGAAGACCUUUGAUUCCCAGUUUAAUAACAUCUACUGCAAAGGCCUGCUCAGACUCAGAUCGAGCUGUGUUCUUCCAAAGAUCCUCUGUCAUUCCUUCUCUGGUGCCUCCCACACGCCGGGAAGAGGACAUAUUGUUCCAGUGGCGUUUAAGGAGAAAGAUCGAGCAGGCCCGGGAGUGGCCCCAGCAACAGACCAGUCUGCAUGGUCCCACUUUCAGCUGGCAGGCCCCCAGUUCAAACAAUGCCUCGGCCAGAGGACAGGCUUACAAGCAACACCGGAGUAUUCAACCUCCUGACGUCUCACAAAAAGAUACACAUCUGCACAUCACAGCUCCACAACUGGACACCAAAGAAGCUCACAAAUCCUGCCCCCCGGCUUCAGGUCCACCUCCCUUCCCUGCCUUUGAUGUCUCUGGCUCUUCCGUCUUUCAUCCCCAAACUAUUGCACAUGUUCCUGCCCACAUGCAUUUACUCUGUGAUGUCUUGCCCUGCCCAAUCCAGUCGUCUCAUGCUACCAUGAAACACAAAACUUCGAAAAGUAUAGAUGGCACCAAAGUUGCCUGUAAAAAGAUCCAAGUCCCUGCAAACAUAAUGACCACCAUCACUGACAAACCUUCUCAUGCACAUAUGCCAUGCCCAACACCUGCUUCAUCGGGAAUAAUAGAAAGAGUAGGGCUUACUCACCACAAAAGAUCUGAGAGGAGCAAGAGAGAGAAAGCCCAAACAAGAGAAUCUGAGAAGAAUGAGGAGAAGGUGGCCCCGUCAAUCAGAAAGCAGAAGAAAUCAACAAGGGAACAUGCUGCUGGCACCGGCUCUACAAACAGAAAUUCUUCACAACCAAGAGUUUCCAAAAAAGUCAUGCCGUGGGCUGAGCAGCCGCUGCAGGAGCAACGCCAGGGGUUUUCCAGGGAAAGCUGUACUGGCGAUCAUGCACCGCCCCCUUCUCCAAUCCACAGAGCCUUAGGACAGGUAGUUUCAGAGGUAAUGUUCCCCACGGCGGACUCUGCACAAAGGACCCCUGACUCAUCGGUUUCUCCUCCUUGCCCUUCCUCUGCACCUCCACAAUCCACAGUUCCUCCAUGCAAUGCACAGAGCUCUAUGGAGGUCAUCUCACAGCUGCUGCAGGAAGCGGAAGGUCAGCUUAAGAUUCAGAUGAAAAAGAGUUUGAAGAUGACCCUUUGUUACAAGUCCUUCGCAAGCAGAGAAAAUGGGUAAAGGAGCAGAUCAGUGAUGUGGACUCUAUAUUAAAUGAAUUCCAGGACGAGCGAGAAGUAACUUGACCACUGACAAGAAAACACAUUUAUGCCUUUUUUAUUUUAUAAAGAAAUAAAGUUUAUUUUUGAAAA